UGGGCAAAGUGAAGUUCUACACAUUAUAAUGCUAUAGAAAGAAGUCUAGAGAGAAGUAACAAGUCAUUUUAUUUCAAACUUCAGACAGGAAACUUGAUAUGCAGAACAACUUACAUUUUGGCUUGUAAAUGUUGAUCAUGGGGUGAUCCAGAAAUAAACUCCAGACUUCAAAGCAGGAGAAAGUUCAAAGCUGCUCUGCAUUUUAUCAACACAGAGAGACAGGAGAGCAAUGCAUCCAAAAGGGAAUAUUCUGAUUUAAUAGUCCAUGAAAAGAUAAUUCUGGAGUAAACUGUUUUCUACAAAAAUUACAAGGGUUAUUUUUAACCAUCCCUUCUGACUUUCAAGAAAGUGGAAAAUGACAACGCAAGUCACCGUAGCAAGAACGGGUACAAUUGGACAUGAGGAAUACAGCCUGUACAGCAGCAUGAGUGAGGAUGAACUUAUUCAAAUGGCCAUUGAGCAGAGUUUGACGGAAGAUCCUGCUGAGCAAAUAGCUGCACAGAAGACAGUUACUGCAGCACCACCUCCCAGUGAACCUUACUGUCAAAAUUUCUACCUUUAUCCUUGGGAAAGGCGUGCUGCACAGUCCGGAGGCCAGACUUCAGCAUCCGGUUCAGGAGUCAGGCGGAGGUACGAUGGCAGCUUCUUCAUCUUACCCCAAGCUGAAGUACUGGAUCCUGUAGUAUUGGUGAUCAAGGAAGGAGAUGAAGAGGCACUGCACAACAUGAUACAGGCAGGAAAAGACCUUGCACAGCCUAACAAAGAUGGAUGGUUGCCACUCCAUGAAGCUGCUUAUUAUGGACAAGAGGGCUGCUUGAAACUGCUGCAUGGAUCUUUCCCUGGGACAAUUGAUCAACGUACACUUCAGGAAGAAACAGCACUCUACAUUGCAACAAACAGAGGGAAUAUUGAUUGUAUGCAUUCGUUGCUCCAGGCUGGAGCAGAACCUGAUAUUGCAAACAAAGCCAGGGAGACCCCACUUUAUAAGGCCUGUGAACGCAAAAAUUCUGAAGCUGUGCAGGUGUUAUUGCAGUACAAAGCUGAUGUGAAUCAUCGCUGCAAUCGUGGAUGGACAGCUCUUCAUGAAGCUGUUGCUCGAAACGAUUUAGAAAUCAUAGAACUUUUAGUUCAAGGAGGUGCCAAGAUUGAAUCUGCAAACUGCUAUGGAAUUACCUCUUUAUUUGUAGCAGCUGAAAGUGGCCACGUAGAAGCCUUGAGAUACCUGGUGAAAUAUGGUGCUGAUAUCAAUACCCAAGCUAGUGACAAAGCUUCUGCUCUCUAUGAAGCUUCUAAAAAUGGACAUGAGAAGAUAGUGGAAUUUAUUUUGUCUCAAGGCGCUGAUGCUAACAAAACCAAUAAGGAUGGGCUCUUACCAAUUCAUAUGGCCUCCAAAAAGGGUUAUUAUGAGAUUGUGAAAAUGCUACUCCCGGUAACAAGUCGUACUCGCAUCAAGCGUAGUGGCAUCAGCCCUCUGCAUUUGGCAGCUGAGCGCAACCAUGAUGAUGUCUUGGAAGACCUGAUUGAUGCUGGCUUUGAUGUAAAUGCCACCCUCUCCUUUGAACGUUCCCGACUUUAUGAAGAUAGGCGCACCAGUGUCCUCUAUUUUGCGGUCAUCAACAACAAUGUAUAUGCCACUGAGCUGCUGCUUGAGGCUGGGGCUGAUCCCAAUGUUGACCUUAUCAAUCCAUUGCUCAUCUCCAUCCGCCACGGCUGUUUGAAGACAAUGAAACUGCUUCUUGAUUAUGGAGCUAACAUUAAUGCCUAUGUUGCCUCUCACCCUACAACUUUCCCUGCUACCGUAAUGUUUUCAAUGAAGUAUCUUGUUCUGCUGAAAUUUUUGAUGGAUAUGGGCUGUGAUGCCAACUCCUGCUUUACGUGUUGCUAUGGGUGUGGCCCACAUCCUCCUAUUGAUAUUAGGAGGGACAGGUAUAAUGAUCCUGUGGUGAAUAACGAACGCAAAAUUGUACAGUUUUGUGAAAUGGUUUCAGCCCCAGAGAUGAGUCGUUGGGCAGGCCCAAUUAUUGAUGUUCUUUUGGAUUAUGUGGGAAAUGUGCAACUUUGUUCCCGGCUGAAGGAACACAUUGACAGUUAUGAAGAUUGGUCCAACAUUAAAAUCAAAGCAGAGCUACCAAGGCCACUUGUACACCUUUGUCGAAUCAAAAUUCGAAAUGUGAUUGGAAAGAACCGUCUUUCACUUAUUGAGACUUUACCUCUGCCAAGAAGACUGGUUCACUAUUUACAAUAUGAUAAUACCCAGUGAUCUCAGGUGAACUUAACAGUCAAACAUUACAUGGAGUGAUAAUCGUAUGAUAAAACAAGGUGACAUGAUGGAAACAGAUUGAUAUGAAGGAAGAGAAAAUUUGUUUUGGUAUGUAAGAAGAAAAAAAAUGAUUCCUGCAAGUUAAAUCUCAGAACAAACCAAUGCAACAGCAACAUUAGGGAAAGAGCUGAAAAGAUUAAAAUAAAGCACACAGAUCAAAUAGUGAAAUGGAUAUUAUGCUAUCUUGCAAGGAAAAGCACUCUUAAUAGCUCAACAUUUUAGUACAACUCUUUACUAAAUGCAGAGUGGGCAGAAUGUGAUCUACCAAUAAAUCUCCAGUGAUCUGCAUGUCACCAAGAGCUUCCAACUCUCACUGCUUUAGUAAUGGUAACAAAAACCUUUUCCUCCUUAAUUAAACUGCUAAAAUAAGCGUUUAAAAGCUUGGAAGAAAAUCGGAGGUUUUUUGAUGUGAAAGAACAUAUGCACAAACUCCAAUUCUACUACCAAAAAGAUAUUCCUGGUCUGGGCAUGUGUCCAGCAGUUCUAAAUCUGCUUUCUUAAUCUCUUAUUUUGUACUUGAUUCUGGUUGAUGGACCUCACAGUACUAGUGAAAAAUAAACAUGCAUAUUGUAAGCCUAAAUUAUUCAUAACCAGAUAUAAGGAAGAAGUAGCAAAAGUUAUAUCUCUCCAUGUACAUUCACAUAGGUAAAUGUAAUGAAUUAUGCAGAUGAUCACACUGUAAUCAUUAUCAUGGUGACAUCAACUAGUUAUUUUCUGGUUGUAGCAGUUAUAGAUAUUGCUGCCAACUGUAUAAUAUGCUGGAUUACAUGUUUGUUGACAUAACUGGUCAUAAUGUUAACAGACAUUAGUAGGUUUACUCAUUCAUAUGGAUAACAAAUGUAUUUUGUCAAUGGUCAUGUGGCAAAACCAUCUUGAUGCAAAUCAAAGAUGAAAGGUCCAGUAAUGGUUAAAUAUCAGCAUAACAUUUCAGUUUUUUGGUUGUGUUUUACUUUACUUCAGUUUGCUGCAUUUAUCCAAUGUUUGGCUGUUCUGUUCUAUACCACAUAGUUCCAUGUUUUUGCAUCUAAUUUAACAUGUAUUUCCCUUUUAUUCUUAUUUAUAAAAGCCUUUAACA